AUGUCAUAUUCGAGGUAUAUACGGGGCUGCCUUAGAUUGGUUAGGCCCCAGAUACCCAUAUUAUCACGGAGAUAUCCCGCGAAUGCUGUCAGAUUUUUGCAUAUUUCACGAGUCAAUUUGCAUGUUCAAGACUCACAGGAACAAUACGAAGCUAGGUAUCUUCAGCUUCAGAACCUCCUAGAUGCAGAGAUUUUCAAUGUAAACUCGGAAAUUGCGCCUCAGAAAGUGCUGGAUGCUUUGAGGACCUGUACUCUUUUUCAACAAUCGCUGAUCGAAGGCAACAAACUACAGAAGACCAAGCUCAUGGAGGAAGUUACUAACCUUAUGCUGGAUGUGCUUGCCUCUUCCAAUGUUGAGUUUACAGAAGAGAUCCUCAAAAGAUUUUUCCUACUCAAGCCGGAGACAGAUGACGCUAUCAAAGUUAUUGAGCUGUUUUACAUGAAGAACCCGGAGAAACAUAUCUCUCACGAAGUUGCGAUGGUGCCGUUUAGAAAUGCCAUUUAUGACGGCAAAAUGCAAAAUGCAGCUGACAUAAUGAAGGCUACCUCAGGAUCAGAACGGUAUAUUGCCUUCAAGAGAAAGGGAAUGCGCAAAUUGAUUGGCUACUAUGCCGGUUUCAUUGGAAGUGUACUGGCCUCGGUUCAGGCAGCAAUCAGAAUAGGUCACCCUGAAUUAGCUGAGAUGAGUACGACUGGUUUGCAUGUGAUGAUAUUGGCCUACUUCCUUCAGAAUACUGUGCUGGGAGUUAUGGCAUUUGCCUCUAAGGGUAUUGAUAACGGUCCAAUCAGCUGGCAGAAGGGUAUCUUCCCCAGUCACUGGUUCUUGCACUCCGAUGAGCUUAAGAUGGCAUCAAAGCUUGUUCAGGCGGAUGCUGAAGUGUACGGUGCCGAGGGAUUUGCGACCAGAUCGAUUGUAAAGCAGACCGCCGAACGAGACAUGGUUGUGAACGAGCCGGAGCAGGAGAUCAUGUUAAAGCAGUUUUGGCUAAGUGGAGGUGAUGGGUUUGUCUGGGUUGAACCCGACAUGGAUCCAGCUGAGAUCCAGUGGGCACAGCAUUUAAAAGAUCGUGGAAUCAAGAAGAUCUGGCAGAAGGACAAUAAAGAUAGACUGCUCGACUCUGAGACGAGCGAGAGAGGGGAAGACUUCAGAGCGGAGACUGAGAAUGCCUCAAAGGCAAUGUGA